AUGGUUUGCGUGGCGUGUCUCUUACCACUUUUCCUCGUCCCAAUAGUCAAUUUUUUGCCCCUUCUCUUCUACUACAUCGUGGGAAAAAUUUAUAGGCUUCUCGGGUGGGAGUACAGGAAGCCAGAAAUUGCUCCUCCGGCAUGUCCUUACAAGCCUGUAGCUAAACAGGACAGCAAAGUAAGUGAAAAAGCUGAACCUGCGCAACCAGACUCUGUUCCCGAAUUUGCUGGAGCUGUAGGUUUGAAGCAAGAAUGA